AUGUCAAGAUUGUGGUGGAACGGACCCGCCUGGUUGGAAAGCGAUGAGAAGGAUUGGAUCCUAAAUCCGAUAACCCAUGCGGAGGAAGAGCUGCCUGAAGUACGUGAAGUGAAACUAGUACUUUCGACGACUAACCCAGUAAACGGUAUAUUAAGACACUACUCUGAAUGGAACCGUAUGCUACGAGGAGUGGCUUGGUUAACAAUCUAUUCGAAGUACCUGCGUAAGAUGAUCAAUGGCCCUCAAUCUUUAAGGAUACCCGACUUGAACGAAGCGAGGAAAACGAUUUUAAGAAUGGUUCAAGCUGAGUGUUUUAGCAAGGAGAUCUCGUCACUAGAAAGGGGACAAGAAGUAGCAAAGAAUAGCAAGUUGCGGAGCUUGAAUCCCUUCCUGCGCGAUGGCUUAAUACUUGUAGGUGGAAGACUCGAGAAUUCAGACAUGGUUGAUGAACACAAACACCCGGUUGUACUACCUGCUGCUCAUAGGGUAACCAGAAUGAUAUUCGAAAAAUACCACCUGGAGCUACUUCAUGGAGGACCUCAGCUCUUAUUAUCGGAAGUAAGGCGUCUAUAUUGGCCACUGUUAGGUCGAGUAACUGCGAGGUCAGUGGUAUGGCGUUGUGUUCGAUGUACAAAAUCUCAUCCUCGUUUUAACCACCCAAUUAUGGCAGCACUCCCAAGAGAUCGAGUUCAGUGUACUAGACCCUUUACAGUAACAGGCGUAGACUUUGCUGGUCCUAUUUUUAUUCGAAGUGGUUUGAGGCGUGUGGCUGCUAAAAAGGCUUGGAUUGCGAUAUUUGUGUGCUUCUCCACAAAGGCCGUACAUUUAGAGUUGGCUGACGAUCUUUCAAGUAGAUCCUUCAUGGCGACAUUGCGUUGCUUUAUGGCUAGAAGAGGAAAAUGUGCUAAACUGUAUAGCGACAACGGCACAAACUUUGUUGGCGCUCAAAAGGAGUUAGUCUCAAUGAUGAAGAAAGCCAGUGAUGAUUUAGAGAAGGAAGGUAUUGAAUGGCACUUUAACCCGCCCUCUGCUCCUCAUUUUGGUGGUAUAUGGGAGAGUGCUGUAAAGAGUAUGAAACACUACCUGAAGAGAGUAACAUCUGAUCACAAACUCACGAGCACAGAAAUGCGAACACUACUCUGCCAAAUCGAGGCAUGUCUAAAUUCGAGACCGAUGACACCACUGAAUAGUGACCCUUCCGACUUGGCUGUGUUAACCCCAUCACACUUCUUGAUUGGAGGUGCUAUGCUAUUGCCAGAUGAACCGGAUAUAACUAAGGAAGAGCCCAAAGGUCUGCGUUGA